UGUAGUGACUGUGUGUUUUGCAGGCGAGCUCAGCAGACAAUUUGCACACAUUUACGGACGUCCUGGCAGACAGAUGGACAGGAUGAAUCACUAUAACAAUAUGGACAUAGACUUUGGACUCAGCUGUCAGGAUCUCACCUACUCAUGUGGCUCAUCACACUUCACGUGCGAACCCUACAUUGAAAUCAUCGAACAGCCCAGACAGCGAGGCUUUCGUUUCCGCUACGGGUGUGAGGGGCCAUCACACGGAGGUUUGCCAGGUGUCUCCAGCGAGAGGAGCAAGAAAACCUAUCCUACAGUGAAGAUUCACAACUACACGGGACCGGCCAAAAUCGUUGUGCAACUGGUGACCAUUGAUGAGCCGGCGCUUCUCCACGUGCACAGCCUGGUGGGCCGGCAGUGCGGGGGAGGGACCUGCGUGGUCAGAAUCGAUUCUGAAGACAUGACGGCCAGCUUUCCCAACCUCGGGAUCCUUCAUGUCCCGAAGAAGGAAGUGGCAACAAUCAUCGAGGAUCAGCUGGUCAGGGCCUGGAGCUUGGAGAGCCAGGACGGACAGGAGUCACCACAGGACAGAAACAGUGGAAACCCAACAGCAUCUUCAUCACAGAAACAGCUACGCAACGAAGACAGAGAGAAAAUCCAUAUAAAUGCUCAGAAACAGGCUAAGUGUAUGGAUCUCAGUGUCGUCCGCCUCAUGUUCACUCCGUAUCUCCUGGGAAACGAUGACAAGCUCAUGUGCAGACUCAGCCCGGCAAUAUCGGAUCCCAUAUAUGACAGCAAGGCACCCAAUGCAUCGAGCCUGAGGAUAGUUAGAAUGGCGAGGACAGCGGGCAGUGUCGUGGGUGGAGAUGAAGUCUUUCUGCUGUGCGAUAAAGUCCAGAAAGACGACGUCCAGGUCCGAUUCUAUGAAGAAGAUGGAAAUGGCCAAAUGUGGGAGGCGUUUGGAAAAUUUAGUCCCACAGAUGUUCACCGACAGUUCGCUAUAGUUUUCAGGACGCCAAAAUAUUACGACGUUCACAUCGCGAAACCCGUCUCGGUUUUCGUCCAGCUGCGGAGACGUUCAGACGGUGAAAGCAGCGAAUCUACUCCCUUCAUAUACUACCCCAGUACACAGGACAAGGAUCCGAUUCAGAAGAAAUGGCAGAAGGUUCCUCCAGAUUUCCCGAAUGAUUUUAAGGGAUUUGAGGACACAGCAGCAGAGCGAAGGGGAGUUUACAGCGACGGUCUGGGCAGUGAACAUUCCAGAAGCGUACAAUCACCAGUCUCCGGCUUAUCGAACCACGAAGGCUGCGGCAUUUUGUUUGGGGUCGGAAACAGCGACUUGUCCUCGCCAGCUGCAGAUUUAUCGAGUUAUUUCACCACUGGGGAAGUGAGAAGGGUAACGGCUGCCCAUAACUACAGGAUCGGAAACCAAGGCAUCCGACGUAAUGUCGAAUGCUCUGCAUAUUGAUGGCGGGAGAACUCGCACGUUUCGGCACUGAACUGCCUGAACCUCGCUGCUCGUGUUCUUCACGCCAAGAAUUCUCGCCGUUUAUUUUAAUACCAAAAAUUCUCUGAAUAAAGAAUUAUUUUUGAUCAAGCCUUGUGU